AUGGCUUCGGACAAAUAUCCAUCCUACGUACCGAUGCCCUCGCUCCGCCACGAGCUAGGGCUGAUGUUCGGCUUCUUAUCUCUGUGUAUAGUGGUUAUGGGAGCAUACGUUGCUCUCUGGAAUGCCCCAGUAUCCCAAACCCGCCUAGACGCCCAAGACCUCGCCCGCCGCAAAGCCUUCCGCAGCAAAAACCCAACCCAACAACCCCUAGGAACAACAACCUCCAUAACAGCAGGCCUCAAGGACACAUCCACCCCAAACCCCAAAGCAGCCGUACAAGAAAAAAUGCUCGACCGCGUCGGCAUGCCCGAGAACCGCGCCGAGCUACCAGUCCACGGGAUGGAGAUGUACGCGGCCGGAAAGGGGAAUGCGAGCACAUCGCAGAUCAGGAGUCUGCCUGGUCAGGCUAUGCCGCUUAGUCCUGUUAGUCCUGUUAGUCCGCUUGGGAGUAGCGGGGUUGCGGGUAGGGAUGCUAGUUCUGUUAGUCUGGUUGGAGGUGGGAUUGCGCUUGAGUCUAUUGUUGGGUGGCGUUGGAAGGGGGGAGGAGUUUGA